UGGACAACUGUCAAUAUAUACUCGAACAAAUCCCAAAGCGCUUUCAGGCCUCCCAAUAUGUCAGAGUUGGAUAUUGUUGUUAUUGGUGCUGGUACUACUCUCAAUUAUCUUUUGUUGCUAUGAUUGCUAAUACUGUAAGGACAGGCAUGAGCGGAUUAGCGUUUACAAGGUGCUACUUGGACAUUCACCCGCAAACCAAAAUUGUCAUUCUUGAAGCAGAUGAUUGUUUAGGUGGUGUCUGGAGCUCGGCUCGAAACUACGAUGAACUCUGGUCGCAAAGCGGUGAAAGAAUGGCUGGAUUCUCUGACGUUCCUCUCCAGGUUCCAUCAGAUGCACCGCGAUUUUACGAUACAUUUGAAGCCAAAUAUAUCACUCAGUAUUUCGAGGACUAUGCUGAUAAUCACAUUUACAAUGGAGCAACGUUGCGAAGCAGAAUACUCUUUGGACACAAAGUACAGAAAUCUGAGAAGAUUGAUGAAAAAUGGAUAAUCCAUGCCGAGGAUGCAAAUCAAUCACAACAAUGCUUCAAGUCGCCUAAACUUGUUGUCGCUACUGGUCAUACAUCCAUUCCAAAUAUGCCCUCACUACCCAAUCAAGAGAAAUUCGGUGCGCCAAUUCUCCAUCACAGAAGCUUUGGAAAGGCUUCCCAGUCGGUUCUUGCAGCUCCGAAUUGUAACAAUGUUACUAUUCUCGGCGGUGGAAAAUCGGCUAUUGACAUGGUUUACCAAUCAAUAAAGAAAGGUAAAAAUGUCAGUUGGGUCAUUCGCAACAGUGGCGAAGGCCCAGCUUUACUCUUUCCUGCCCCCGCAACAGGUCGAUACAAAAACUCUGUGGAGAGUGGGGCCACUAGGUACAAACAGUCCUUCAGCCCCUCCUCGUUCAUGCCGAAUUUCUGCUUGUUGAGGUGGUUUCAUCAAAGUCAAUAUGGAAUGAAAUAUAUGGAAAAAAGGGUACAACAUAACGAUGAAUAUUGCCGCGCCCCCGCGAAGUAUCAUACGAGGAAAGGCGCAUUGCCAGGUUUUGAAUUACUCGAUUUCACAACAUCGUAAGUCACACUCUGGUUCUCUUCCGACUUGUUCGCUUCAAACAUGGGGUUGUGUUGGUUCCGUUGUUGGAGCUCGGAAGACCUUCCUUUUGAAGCUGCCGUCCUCUCCUCCUACCGUUUGCAUUAUUUCGCAUAUUAAUCGUCUGCAGUGGGUUUUGGGUCACCGGCCCUUUGGGUCUGGCACAACAUGAGGAUUUCUGGGACCUGAUAGCUCAGAAUGCCCAUGUAUAUCGAUCUGGUAUUAAAUCAAUGGACGCCGGGAUUAUCGUUCUUGAGGACGGUACCGAAAUUCGUUCAGAUGCCUUACUUUGUGGUACUGGCUGGAAGUCAAACUAUCCUUUCUUCUCUUCGGCUCAAGUUGCGGCAUUGGGUCUGCCUCAACCUCUGGAAGGCACAGAUCAGGAGUCGGAAACUUGGAAAAACCUUCUGGAAACCGCAGACCGUAAGGUAUUGGCAAACUUUCCGCAACUUGCAAACCCUCCUCCAUUUCGCGAACGAGCUCCUACCACCACUGCGAAAUUGUUCAAAGGAAUUGCGCCGCUGGAAGACCAUUCCAUCGCCUUUCUUGGACACGUCAAUAUCUCUAACUCUUUCCGGGCUGCUGAUGCCCAAGCAAUAUGGGCCACGGCUUAUUUUGAUGGCAGUAUCAGGUUGCCUCCUUUGGAGGAAAUGAAAAAGGAGGUUGCCUAUAUGAAUGCCUUUUCAAAGAGGAGAUAUCCAUCUCAGGGUCAGACAGGCGAUUGUCUCAUGUUUGAGCUUGUUUGGUAUACCGAUAAUUUGUUAGGCGAUGUGGGAUUAAAAUCACAUCGCAAAGGAUGGUACUCGGAUUGGGUAGAACCAUGUCUCGCAGCCGAUUUCAAGGAUGCGGCAAAUGAAUAUAAAAAGAAGAAUGGGUUUUGAGGGAUGCUUGUGGGUUGGACGUUGAGAGACUUCCAACUUCCAAUUUCAAUAAGCUAGAGAUACAUGUGUCAUAUUAUUCCUAAUCCUGUGUCAUUUCACUCAUCAUCACAGCCUGGGCUGGAA